AAGCAUAUCUGGUUCGAAAAACAUUCACAAUUUCCGAGACUUGAUAAAUAAAUUUCAAUGUUCCGAAUUUUGUUUUCACUCUUUUGUGGAAUGUUCCCUUCUUCCCUAUUCAUCAAAAAAGUUCGGUGUGACAGCAGAAAUCUAAUUACAGCUACAGGGAAGUAAUUAUACAUAAAUCUAAGAAAAUUAAACAGAAAAACAAGCGCUGAGAAAUUUAUUUUCACAUAAUCUUUGAUUAUUCUGAUCAGGAAAAAAAAGCGAGCUUUGCUAUAAGUUCUGAUAAUUUUAAAAUACAUAUACUUACGACGUAUUAUAUAUUUUAUGUAAAACUAAUAAUUUUCUAAAAAAAAUUAUGGAGAUUAUCAUACAACUUUUGUGUUUGCUGGGAAUUAUCAGUGCAAUUAUUACAAUUCUGCUCAACAUCAAUUUGGUUGUGAAAAUUGUUUUGAAUCCAUCUAAACGAAAAAAUGACAUGUAUCUUUUCUAUUACCGUUUUACUCUCGACAUAUUUUUUGGAGCCGGUUUAUUCUCCUACAUUGCAUACACUCUUCUGAAUAUGGAAGCUCCCGAAUUCAUGUUUCAAUACCGUAGCCUAAUUGUCUUGUUGGCGCUUCCAUGGUCACACAUUUCCACGUGCAGAUCUAUAAUUGCUCUUUCAAUCUCGAUUGAUAGAAGUAUCGCCACAUGUUUCCCGAUUUAUUAUUUCAAAAAUCGAAAGAAAAUUCCGAAUUGGCCUGUUCUACUAAUUGGCUCACUCCUUGGGCUGGCCGAGGAGUACAUGCUUUUUGGAUUUUGUUCUUAUAAUAUGGAAAUUCCGAAAACCUGCCUAGUAUUCGGAUGUGCUACUAAUCAAUGUUUCUUUCAUUAUUGGUUGAUUCAACGCAGUAUAAUAUUCUCCCUGAUAGUUUUAUUUUCUCUAAUUUUGUCUAUAAAACUACUUAUGAUGAACUCUGUGAAACACCAGCAAAGUAACAAUCAAAUAUCCAAGGCGAAUCGUCUAGCUCUCCUCGACACGUGUACUGUGCUUCUGUUUGAUUUUCUUCCAGCAUUCUGUGGACAUAUGUGGCCUACUGCACCAAUGUUUUCUUUUAAUAACGUCGGUUCCUACAACCCGGUGCUGAAAAUCACAGGAUGCGCAAUUGAGUCGACUGUUGUAACUAGGGUUCUGCUUUUCAGAACACCUGAGAACUCUGCCAGUACUCCAGUGUUUGCGAAAACCCUGAAAAAUUCUGAAGUUUGA